UUACGGUAAUGCUGAAACGGAGUGAAUCGCUCCUCUUGUCUUUAAUGAAUACCACGUGAUCGCAAAGGCGCUUUGCAACCGCUGCGCUCCAGCUCCACGUCAUCCGCUUCGGCUUGGUUACAAUAGGCUGAUAAUAACCAAAGCAUCAAACCAGCGGGAAUUGCUCAUGCUUUUGUAGAUUUUUUUUGUGUGUGGUGUAAAUCUCACUCGUUUCUGCUGAAAGACUUACGAUAUGAAACUGAAUAAAUGUGAACAGCAUGCCUGUCAUCAGAGCCCUCAGCAAGGUAGCCAAACAGGCCCUCCUGACCACCCCACCAGGAUGUGGGUGCCUGCCCCUCACGGUGGCUGUACGAAACAUCAGCUUCUCCCCGCGACAGGUGACAUCCGAUGCCAGUUUCCAUUCUGUGUCCUUCUCGGAGACAGACCAUCCAAAGGUGCUCAUCACAGGUGGCCUUGGGCAGCUGGGAGUGGGGCUUGCCAAAUUGCUGAGGAAGAGGUUUGGAAAGAACAAUGUCAUUCUGUCUGAUAUCAGAAAGCCUCCGAGUCACGUCUUUCACAGUGGGCCCUUCAUUUACUCAGACAUCUUGGAUUACAAGAACCUACGUGAAAUUGUGGUAAACAACCGGAUCACCUGGCUUGUUCAUUACAGUGCUCUCCUCAGUGCUGUUGGUGAGGCUAAUGUGCCUCUGGCACGGGCUGUCAACAUCACAGGGCUUCACAACAUCCUGGACAUUGCUGCAGAACAUGGCUUGCGUCUGUUUGUCCCCAGCACCAUUGGUGCCUUUGGUCCCACUUCUCCUCGCAACCCUACACCAGAUCUCUGUGUGCAGAGACCCCGCACCAUCUAUGGUGUCUCCAAAGUUCAUGCUGAGCUGAUGGGCGAGUACUACCACCACCGUUAUGGCCUGGACUUCCGCUGUCUCCGUUACCCAGGGAUCAUCUCUGCUGACUCCCAGCCUGGAGGCGGCACGACAGACUAUGCUGUCCAGAUUUUUCACGAUGCCAUUAAGGCAGGCAAGUUUGAGUGUAACUUGAAGCCAGACACACGACUGCCCAUGAUGUACAUUGACGACUGCUUGCGUGCCACCCUGGAGGUGAUGGAGGCUCCUACAGACAUGCUGACCAUGAGGACCUACAACAUCAACGCCAUGAGCUUUACUCCUGAAGAACUGGCCCAGGAGGUCCAGAAGCAGCUGCCCGAUCUCGAGGUCACAUACGACAUUGACCCUGUUCGACAGGCCAUCGCCGACAGCUGGCCAAUGAACUUUGAUGACAUCAACGCACGAAACGACUGGGGUUGGAAGCAUGACUACGACCUCCCAGAGCUUGUCCAGACCAUGCUCAACUUCAUUGGCUCAGAAACACGCAUUGCUCAUGCCAACUGAGUGGCCAAAGCAUCUCUGGGAGUGUUGUUUGUACAUAUUGUAAAGACUGGUCAAAGAGAAUUGAGAAACCUGGCCUGUGCAUAGUCUCUCUCUCUCGCUCUCUUCUCUGUGUAAUUCAGAUGGGCUCUGUUUUACCUGGCACCAGGCUGCCAUGUCUGCAGAAUGUAAAGGUCAUGCCACAGGUCGAGGCAGAAAACCCCAGUGACCCCUUCUGUCUACCCCUCCUCUCUCACAUUCUCUGCUACCACAUAUCUGCUUGGAGAUUUCCUAUUCUCUAUGUAAGGCUGUCAGAAAUAUUGUGGGUGUUAACAGAGCCCCUGGAAACUUGAUGAAUGAAAUCAAAGAUGACUUGCAUGGCUAAGACUUGUACUCUCGUAACACUGUAAUGUUUUCUGGACAAAAAUCAAGGAAAUUCAACAAACGAGUGUAGCAUCAGUCAUUCAUUCAUAAGUCCUUGACCCCUUUGUCUUUGGGGAAGAAAUGUCAGGUUUUUAUUUGCUAUUUAUUAAUUUGCAGAGAAAUUCUGAGUAUUGAGGUAUUCAGGGCCAAAAACUGUUCAAAGGCCAAAAUCAACAUAGGAAUUUAAAUUGAGAGGUUUACAAAAUAAUAUUCAAGCGGUAUUCUUCAGUGCACUUUAAAGAGAUUUAAGUCCUUUUAAAUCACAAACAAAAUGGAAAAUCGCUUGAGGGGAGCGAUAUCUGACCAUGCGUCUGCAUUUAGAACAAUGUGGAGCAACUCAUUUGACGAUGAGGUAUAACUUUUAUAUUUUGUUUCUUCUUUAUAUUCCACUUAUUUUGCAUUCUCUAUUUAUUCUGCUGGUUAAUGUUAAGGAAUCAUGUUGAGUAAGGUGUUUUUUGUUUUUUUUUGCACUCGUGUACAAGUGCUCCAGUCCACUUCUGGAAUAGUGAUUAAGUGUGGACUUUUUGGCCAAUGGUCCCUUUAUACAUCAUUGUGAGCAAAUGUAUUUUCUCAUCAACUCAUUGGGGUUACUUUAUAACAAAGAGCGAAAUGUGACAUUGCGUGCCGCAUCUACACUGCCACAUUUUGUGGCUCUUUGUUUUUUUUUUUUUCUCCAUCAUUCUGUAUGAGGCAUUCAUUGCUUUCUAUGUGGAAGUCUUAGCUAAGUUUAUUCUUAGAUUGACAGAACAUCCUCUAUCAAUAAAAACUUUUUUUUCCA